AUGGCACCACCCAAAAAACCGGAAGCCCCACCUGUCACAGUGCCUGAAGUUCCCCAAGAGGUUGUCCCAGAAAAGAAAGUUCCCAAGGCACCACCCAAAAUAACAGAAGCCCCACCUUGUAAAACUACUAAUAUCUUUCAAGUGCCUGAAGUUCCCCAAGAGGUGGUCCCAGAAAAGAAAGUUCCCAAGGCACCACCCAAAAAACCGGAAGCCCCACGUGUCACAGUGCCUGAAGUUCCCCGAGAGGUUGUCCCAGAAAAGAAAGUUCCCAAGGCACCACCAGAAAGACCGGAAGCCCCACCUGUCACAGUGCCUGAAGUUCCCCAAGAGGUUGUCCCAGAAAAGAAAGUUCCCAAGGCACCACCAGAAAGACCGGAAGCCCCACCUGUCACAGUGCCUGAAGUUCCCCAAGAGGUGGUCCCAGUAAAGAAAGUUCCCAAGGCACCACCCAAAAAACCGGAAGCCCCACCUGUCACAGGUAUAUGUUAGCCUAGACAUCAUUUUGGAGAAGAAAUGUCUCUUCGGUUCUUGAGAAUGAUUUUAGCCCAUUGUUCUUCAUUAACCUAACUGUAAAACUACUAAUAUCUUUCAAGUGCCUGAAGUUCCCCAAGAGGUUGUCCCAGAAAAGAAAGUUCCCAAGGCACCACCCAAAAUAACAGAAGCCCCACCUGUCACAGGUAUAUGUUGGCAGUGCCCUCACUCUGCAAAAGAACUAUGUCUUCUGCUAUUGAAAACAGUUUUAGU